AUGUUCUCACGGCUGCGGAUACCCCGACCUGCUUCGCCGUUCGCUGCGCCACCGCGACGACUCGCACGACCACCACCUCCUCAUCGAACUCGCCUCUCGUCGACUCUCUCCUCCACCAAGCCCCCACCGCCCAGCACACGACGAUGGCAAACUCUCGGCCUGGUCGGGCUAGCAGGCGCAGGACUGUACACCUACGACCGGGAAUUCAACGCCUCUGCCCUCCUCCGUUCCUUCCGCACCUUCAUCUUCGGCCUCACCCUCGCCCUCGACUUCAAACUCAACUUUGACGCACACGAUCCAGAGGGAAUCGAUCGGAUCCACGAACGGACGGCGAGGAGGUUGUCAGAGUUGGUCGACAAGAACCAGGGGAUGUAUAUCAAGCUUGCGCAGAGUCUGGCCAUCCAGGCUGCGAUACUGCCGAAACCUUAUCGCGAGGCUUUCGCAAACGUGUUCGAUGCCGCACCCGCCGUUCCGUACGACGAGGUCGUCCGUGUCUUCAAGCGCGAGUUUGGGGUCAGACCUGAAGAGGCGUUUGAGGUGUUUGAGGAGAGGCCGGUCGCGAGCGCGUCCAUUGCGCAGGUUCAUAGGGCGAGGUUGAGGGCGGAGGAGGGCAGGCCGUGGAGGAGUGAGGAGGAGGGGUGGGUCGCGGUCAAGGUGCGGAAGGAGGCGGUUCCGAAACAGAUGGAGUGGGACUUGUUCUGCUACCGCGCCCUCCUCUAUUCCUACGAGAAACUCUUCGACCUCCCCGUCGCCUUCAUCUCGCAGUACGUCUCGGAGCAGAUGCGCAAAGAGGCGCACUUGGAGAACGAGGCGAGGAACGCGGAACAGACGGCGAAGUAUCUUGCGGAUGAACCGGGGUUGAGGGACAGGGUUAUGGUGCCGAAGGUGCAUUGGAGGUGGACCGGGGAGAGUAUCAUGACCGCCGAUUUCGUCUCGGCGUGUCGGUUGACGGACAAGAAGCGGUUGGACGAGUACCGGCUCUCGCUCAAGGAGACGAUGGACACCGCGACCGAGCUCUUCUCCGCCAUGGUGUUCAAGUGGGGCUGGGUCCAAGCGGAUCCUCACCCCGGCAACCUCCUCGUCCGACCUAACCCUUCCCGCCCUUCGCACCCUCAAGUAGUCCUAAUCGACCACGGUCUCUACGUCCGACUCCCCGAAGACUUCCGCCACGACUACUGUCUCCUGUGGCAAUCGCUCUUCACGGGCGACAUUCGCACGAUCGAGGACAUCGCCGUCAAGUGGGGCAUUCGGCGGCAGAACAGCGAUAUCUUUGCGAGCCUGACGCUGCUGAGACCGCAUCGGUUGAGGAAGAAGAAGAGUGAGGAGGAGUUGACGAGUGAGGAGAGGGAAAAGCGCGAGAGGGAGAAGUAUGAGCAGCGCGCAGGGUUGAAGGAGAGGUUGAAGACGAUGCUCGAGAGUGAGGAGUUGAUACCCCGCCAGUUGAUCUUUGUCACGAGGGCGAUGCGGAUGAUGCAAGGCAACAACCAAGCCGUUGGGAGCGUCACGAACCGCCUCGCCAUCUCCGCCCACUGGGCCGCGACCGGUCUCGCCCUCUCCCAACCCUCGUCCUCCUCCUCCCUUCGCACAAUCGGCCUCCGCUCCUUCGCAGCCGAGAAACUCCGCCUCGUCGUCUUCCGCGUCGUGCUGGUGUUUAUCGAUAUCGGGUUCUUGUUGACGAGGGUCAGGGCGUGGUGGAUGGAGACGAUGGGAAGGAAGGGGGAAGGGCUGGAGGAUCUGUUGCAAAAGCAGGUGACGGACAUGGCGAGAGAAGAGUUUGGAGUAGAGAUUGGCGAGGAGGCGUUCCAGGGGUGA